AUGGAACAGCAUAUUAAUCGCCAACCACAAGAAAGAGUUGGGGAUAAAAGAAAAGGGGAAGCCGUAACGACUGAUUUUCGUAGACCAAGGUUUACUGAAAAUCUGAAUCGACCAGUCCCAAGGUUUACUGAUAAGGUGUGUACACAAUGUCAUAAAGUACAUCAAGGAAGCUACAAUAUCGAGUCACGAGUAUGUUUUAAAUGUCAAGAAUCAGGUCAUAUAGCUCGAAAUUGUCGAAUGGUGCGAAGAUGUUUUACCUGCAAUUCCUCUCAGUAUGUGAACGUCGAUUGUCCGCAAGCUAAGGGACGAGGGUCUGGUUUUGUUGGGAGACGAGGAUUUGGAUAUUCUGGGGGCCAAGGAUCUAGUUAUGUUCCACCUAACCACGGGCCAGCAGUUAAUCGUAAUGCUCCGAAUGGUCGUGGGAAAUAA